AUGGAGGAAGUUAGGGAGCUGGAGGAGUCAGGAGCCCCUCCAUUAGAUAAUUACUCUGCCCCUGCUGUUCAGGAGCAGGAUGAUCACAGAUAUGCUGCCACCUACAGUAACAGUAUCAAUGUACCAAGGGAACAGUUAGAAUCUGCUGUUACUCUCAUUCCUGCCAAGUCACCAAAUGACUCAGAUGAGGAACAAUCUGAGGAGGAGGAGGAAUUCCAGGGAGUCGGGACAGCUGAAACCAGCGUGCCAACAGCUGGGACAGCAGCAACCACAGUUCCUGCAGUGAACUCCAUGACUACACAGCCCCCUAGAAUAACAGAUAUGUCCCAGUUGCUGCAACAGCUGAGAUUAAUAAUACAAAUAGAAGGACAGCAAACAGCCAGCCAGCUGCACAGCAUGCAGUCCAACUUAGCCAGUCAGCAGAAAGAAAUGCAGUCCAACUUAGCAAGUCAGCAGCAGGAGGUGCAGUCCAACCUGAGCAACUUAGCAAUUCAGCAGCAGGAGGUGCAGUCCAACCUGAACAACUUAGCCAGUCAGCAGCAAGAAAUGCAGAGCAACUUAGCAAGUCAACAGCAGGACAUGCAGGCUAACCUCACCAGCCAAAUAAACAGCCAGAAUGCAGAGAUGCGUCAACACAUUGACAGCAAGAUGGAUCUACUCAACUCCAGGUUGCAAGAGGGACUGACUGAAUUGGAAGAGAGGAUAGAGACCAAAUUGCAGGACCAGUCUCAAUCAAUGACUGAACUCAAGAGAGGUGGUUCGCUGGAGGCGCACAUAGUCACCAUGUACGAACGCACCAGGUACUUGGACAUCGUCAUGUCAGACGAAGAGUUCAUCGCCACCAUGUUAACACAGUUGCCUGUCGCCUACCAAAUACAAAUGUCUGGCCAUGCCUACAAAGAUGUCACAGAGUUUCGUGAUCACGUGUUGGCAGUAGACAAAUUACAACGCCUUCAGAAGGGUCAAGCCAGCAAGGAGGAGUCUGAGAAGCCAUCUCAGCCGGCCUACCAAAACCCAUGGUCCAUCGAGCAGCUGGACCGCACCAAGUGGAAACCACCCUGCUACAUCAUCAAGUAG